UUUAAAGAUAGAAGGAUUUUAAAGAGAAAGAUUGAUAUAGAUGGCCCUGUCAGCUUAAACUGAGUAUCAGUUCACUGUGUUUUACUUCACACAGAAAAGAUUAUGAAGUAAAAACUUAACAGCCUUAAAUGCAAAAAUCUGAAUUUGAGCAUUAAGAAUAAAAAUAAUUAUGAGUACUGUAUUACUUACUCCAACUUUUGUAAUAUGUUUUUUUCAGAUUAAUACUGGGCCAGAACCAGUUUCCUUGGCAACCAAAUCCUUUUAAAAGGUUCAAUGGUAGAGAUGUAGAAAGAUGUUAUUCUCUUUAAUAGCAAUAUCACAAUGCAAAUGGAAAUGGUUGUUUCCUCCUAGUUCUAACUGAGAACUGAUCUCAUUUUAUGUUUCCAUGUGUCUAUCAGUUCUUAAACGAUGCCAUGUUUAUAAGGCUGUACACACAAAAACCUGUUUUAUUCCUGUUUUGCAAUGGUUGUUCCCAGAAACGUACCCUGGUUUCUUUUUUUAAUUUAGCCUCGCCUUGCAUGUAGGUCAAGGUUUGUACUACGUGUAUAUAAAGAGAUAGUUUCAUUAUCACAAGUAUAAAAAUAUUACUAAAAUAUUUAGCAGCUGAGAAAUUUAGAGAAUCAGAAGUAUGUUUAAACCUUCUUUCACUUUUUCUGAAUUCAGCCACAGUAAUGCUAAUAAAGCUUUCUUUAAAUACUGAAGUGCAGGUACAGAACUGUUUUUAAGCAUACUGCAAAGAACUCCUGUCAGACCUUAAACAAACCUUCAGAGGAUAAGGUCACUUGUGGUCUGCGGUAAUUUGCAGACCUUACAGAUUUUGCAAAAUUUAAGUAUUAUAAUUCUUUAUUUCUAUUUUUAGCUACUAUUUUUUACAGUGUCAGUUAAGUAAAAUCAUAUGUGUACCACAGGUAACUGCCUAUGCAAAAUCAGAUGUUACUAAAUGUCUCCACUGAGCUUAUAACGUAGUGUAUCUGCGUGUCGACCCCUUUUGUACGUGACUUGAGAAAUUCUCACUGCUGCAAUGAGACUUUUGCAGCAGGGAAGCCAUUUUCCUUUCAUGUCCUUGGCUUUAAAAUGACUAAGUAUAUUUUGUGUGCAUGAGGACCCAGCACUGAAAAUGAAUGCAGAGGACGCAUUUAGAAGCACAGCCAAUUAUUAAUAAUAGCCUUGACAGUAUCAGUAAUAUCAAAUUAAUUCUCAUUUAUUUCUAAAUAUAUCAGUUCAAUGCAUUCCAAAUGAACAGAGUGUAACUGUUCAGGAAUAUGACUUGUCAUCUGUUGUAAUAGGCAAAUGCUUAACAAUGAUAAUAAACCCAUUUGAUUCCUAAUUGUAAGAUUAGUUUAACACAGUGCAAUAUUCCUCUGUUCCACCUAGAGAAGCAGAACUGAAAACACAACAGACAGCAUCUCUCAAGUGACAUAUUAAAGUUUGCAUUUUUUGUAAUCUGAUUUAUCUCCAGUAGCCUGCUUCUGCUGAUUAUUCUCCUGUCUAAAAUGUUAAUAUGGAGUGCGCCAUUACAUGCAGCAAGAAAGUGCAUUUCUUUGUUUAUUUUUGUGUGGUUAUUUUUAAAGGAAAUUGCUGAGCAAAUGAUAUGUCGAAGCAGUCUAUUUAUUGCCGCUGAUAUUUAUCUUUAGAAAAGAUGGAGCACUUAGCAAUAAACUGUUUUUAUUAGGUCUUUGUGUUCAAGCAUACCCACUUAAGGCAUUUUUUAAAAGUAGCUCUGUUCCAUGAGCACACUUCGCUAUGGUUGUUUUAAAUCCAUUUGCCAAUUUGCUCUUUGUUAAGGGGUGCGAGUCCUCUUGUAAUUAAUAUGACUGAACUCAAGUGCUUUCAUGAGUCCGGAAAAACUCAUUGGCAGCCUGUGAACAGUAAUUUCUUCCAGCUAAAGAAACCGAUUUCUUUAUUGAGGAGGAGUCUGGUAAUUAGCAAGCUGGUUCCAGUUUGACUGUUAGACGUGGGUUGCUGUACGUACUUCAGAGGUACCUCCAGCUACUGCAGUGUCAGAAUGUCGUAGCCAGAGGUGCCACAGGAAAUCUGUAAACUUCAUCCAUUUUAUUCUCUUUGGCUAAGGGGUUUAACUCGGGCAGGGAGGAGCAGGUGCAGUUUUUCCCACCUCCAGCACAGCCUGCAGAUAUUACUGUUAGUGGGGCUUGUUGGGUUUUUUGGGGUAUAUUUUGUUGUGGGUUUUGUUUUCAGUUUUAUCUAGAAGUCUAAUUGUUGAUACUGAGCCUCCCUUUUUAUAAAUGCAAUUUGUGCUUUUAAUCAUGCAAAUUCCAUUUAUGCCAAACAGAAAAUCUAUACAAAGCAUGAGUAAAAAUAAAAUCAAACUCAAAAACUAUUCACUCUGACACUAUUCUACUUUCAAUAGCAUUUCUGCUUAAGGUUACUUCUACCUCUAAACUUCAUUUUGAUUUGAAACUGCAGGUCUCUCAGUGGAUUAGAUAAUAUUUCUCAGACUAUUAGACAGAUUCUGGUUGUAAUGAACAGGUACCAAUUAACCCUUUCGAGGCAUCUAGUGCCUGUUGUAUUUUUUCACAUAAAUUGCUUUAGUAUGUAUUAAAAGGGCUUUAUUGUGUAAAAUAUUGUAUUUGAAUUCUGGUAUUACCAAAUUUGGGAAUUCUUUAUCUUUGGUAAGAACUUUUACUGUUUGAUUCCCCCAAAUGAGCUGUUUAAGCUUCAUGUCACCAUAUUUUGGUCACUUAUGAUUAUGCCUUUAUUGGAAGUUGAGGUAAUAAUAACAACUUAACACAAUUUUCUUUCAUUCUGGCCUUUGUCAUAGGCAACGUGAGCUACAGAAUUCUCAUUCAAAUUAACCUGUACUAAAAUGUACUUGGCUAAACCAACACAAAAAAAUUAGCUCACCUUCUUACCUUUAAAAGCCAAAGUAAUGGAUCCUGUAUUUCCUGUACAAUGUUAUCUGUAAGAGUAUUUGGUGUAUUUGCAAAUGGAAGAUGCAUCUCUGUGUUCUUAAUUGCUGCUCUCUCAUUGCUGCUGUAUAAAUGCCUAUCAGCUGAGUCAUAAGGCCUUAUCUGUAUGAUUCUGCAAUUGCCCUAUGGAACAAUUUAAUUUUGUUUAGUAACUUUGAAACAAAAUCCUGUUCUGAAUAAUUUUAGUACUAUUACAUGAAAACCUUUUUAGGAUGUUUGAUACAUAAUAACAAAAUCCACAUGUUUGACAAGGAUGAAUAAUCAUUUAAGCAGAGAGAUAGAGGAAGUACAUUCCAGAGAACAAGAACUGCCUAGAAAUGUCAUUAUCACAGAUACUCUGAUGAUAUCUGUGACAAGAGAGACCAAAAGGGAUGGAAUAGAAAGAGAAGAAAGGGAACAUCUUUUGAAAUUAUUAUUUUAAACUUGAAAAUGUCCUUACAUUUCUGUCUAGAACAUAUUAUGAAUCAUUAUGUCCAGUUUGCACUACACAGGUUAAACCAUAAUAAAACAAUGCAGCAAUGCAGCAGAAGUUUGGUUAAUGGUACUGUUUUAUUGCUGGUGUGUUCUAAGCCUCACAGAUGUAGAUUUGGAGUCCUACAGCACCCCUGGGAAAAUUCUGCUGAAUUACAUAAUGUAUGCGGAAAUUAGUACUUGUCCAAUAAUUCAGUAUUACAUUUGGAUUUUUCCCUUUGCAGGCUGAUACACAGUAGCCACAGAGUUUACAAAAAUUACUGAGAUGAUUUUCCCGAAAAUACCUGUCAAUACCACUUUUAAAAGGCUCUAACAGAAGAACAACCUGAUUUUAGAUGACAGUCAUGUCCCAUUCAAAGGAUCUCAAGGAUGACUUCCACAGCGACACUGUACUUUCCAUUUUAAAUGAACAGCGCAUUCGGGGUAUUCUUUGUGAUGUCACCAUAAUUGUGGAAGAUACCAAAUUUAAAGCCCAUAGUAAUGUGCUGGCAGCUUCAAGCCUUUACUUUAAAAACAUUUUUUGGAGUCGUACUAUCUGUAUUUCAGGUCAUGUACUGGAGUUAGAUGAUCUCAAAGCUGAAGUGUUUACAGAAAUACUGAAUUACAUCUACAGUUCCACAGUAGUUGUUAAGAGGCAGGAGACUGUAACAGACCUUGCAGCUGCAGGGAAAAAGCUGGGAAUAUCAUUUCUGGAAGAUCUUACAGAUGUGAAUUUUUCAAGUUCCCCCUGCCCCUAUGCAUACUGUGUUAAUGAGAAAGGGAAUGUCAAAGAGGAAAAACACGAAAAGAGACAUGAAGACUCCGCUGUGACAAAUGGACCACGAAUUACAAAUGCAUUCUCAAUUUUUGAGACAGAAAGCAGUUUGUUUUCUCCACUUGAUUUGAGGGCCAGCUUUAAAAAGGUUUCUGACACAAUACAAGCUCCCAAUAUCAGCCUCGACAGAAGCGAUGUUUGCAAAGAUGCUGAGCCAGCCAGUACCUUGGCUGAACACUCCUAUGCAGUUUCUUCUGGGGGAGACACUUCACAAGGAGCCCCUUUUGUGGAACAGGACAGCAGCCCUUCAUACCAGGGGGGUGAGGACCGCUAUGAAAAUCACCAAGCCACGCCAGUCAUUCAGCAGGGAAAACAAGCAGGUAGUACUCCUAAGCCAGCCUUUAAGCCCCAGAGUACGAGUUUGGCUGUAGCAAAAGUACCAGCCUCUACAGUAACCACUGCAGAAGCCCAGCAUGAAGCAGUUACUGAUCAGACAAUUACUUCCUUUCCAAAACCUCAGAAUAAAGCAGGAGAUUUUCAUUUAUCCAGAGAAGAACAAGACAGUUCUGCUAAUGCUUCUGCAUCUGAGACAACUGUCAUUCCACCUGCUUACAGUUGUAACUGUUGCGCAAAAUCAUUCAAUGACAGGGCCUCGCUCACUGCUCAUCUUCAACUCCAUUCAGAGCAUCAGGAAACUUUCAUAUGCAAACACUGCAGCAAACAGUUUGCAAAUCUAAAUAUACUGGAAAGUCAUGAACAAGUCUGCAUGAGAUCAAGUAGCUUAUCGGUCCACAAUGGAAAAGAACAAAAUUUUGCAGAUAACUAUACUGCUACAGAGGGAAGGAAUGGAAGUUCAUACGCAAACACAGAGCCCCUGUUGUCUGAAAACAGUGUCACUGAUCGUUCUAAUCCAAACUGCACUUUGCCAGAGACAGAUCAUUUGGUUAAAGUGGUCGAUGGGCAGAUAUUAUACACUUGUGUUGUUUGCAAGCGCAGCUAUGUAACACUGUCUAGCCUUCGAAGACAUGCAAAUGUGCACUCGUGGAGGAGAACAUACCCUUGUCACUACUGCAAUAAAGUGUUUGCAUUGGCUGAGUACCGCACCAGACACGAGAUCUGGCACACGGGGGAGAGGCGGUACCAGUGCAUUUUCUGUCUGGAGACUUUCAUGACUUACUAUAUACUGAAAAAUCACCAGAAGUCCUUCCAUGCAAUUGACCAUCGUCUCUCAGUAAAUAAAAAGACAGCCAACGGAGGUUUAAAACCCAGUGUGUACCCAUACAAACUGUACAGGCUCCUACCGAUGAAAUGCAGGCGAAUGCCUUACAAGUCCUACCGAAAUUCUUCAUAUGAAAAUGUUCAAACAACUACCCAGGCCAAUGAAACUACUUCUGCUAACUGCUUCAUUCCGACUUCUCUUAGCUCUGAGCUACCACCACUAAAUUUUCAACACAGUAUAAUAGCAAACAACAGAACUCUGGCCUUGGAUACAUCUUCACAUAAUGAUACAGCACCUUCCACGAAUACUCAGAAUUCUUCCUCUUGGGGAGUAAGUAUCUUAAAUUCUGACUUGCAGAGGGACUUUUUCACAGCUGAAAAAAGAGUUUCCACUGCUGCGAAUGACUCUGGUUCUCAGGAGUGUGACUCCUCAGUUGUGUCUUUAAGUAAUGUGAAUGAAAAUUCAACCUCUGUCAUCAGUUACAGCAGUUCUGCACCCUCUGUUAUAAUGCACAGUAGCAGAGUUUCAUCAGUAAUCAUGCACAGUAAAACAAUCACUUCCAUAGAAAACAGUAAGACAGAAUCUUCAAAUAAUCUGCCUAGUCAGUCCGUAAGCGAUGACGGUAAGUAUGGACCAGAUAAUCACGGGAAGUGCAUUACAAAAUCAAAAACUAUUAAGGAGAAAAAGAAAACACUGCAGUACAACAGAGCAGAAGCAACUGAGGAUACACAGCAUGUCACAGGAUCUGGAGGUUCAUCAAGCAAAACAAUAAAUACUGUGCAAGAAUCAAGUAAAACUGAAACAUACAUUGCAAAGCCUGCCUUACCUGGAACGUCUGCCGACAGCAAUGUUGCACCUCUGUGUCAAAUAACAGUAAAAAUUGGUAAUGAAGCUAUUGUAAAAAGACACAUUUUAGGAUCCAAGCUCUUUUGUAAAAGGGGACGAAAAUCUAAACAUGAGUCCAAGCAGGACAAUCUAACUGAGGAACCAGAAAUAGAGGUAAAAGAAAAGAGCCCAUCUAGACUUUACAGCUCAGAAUGCCUGGAACUGACAGAAAUGUGUGAUGAUGUAAGUGACCAGGACUCCAGUGAUAAACCCUGGAGACCCUAUUAUAAUUACAAACCGAAAAAGAAAUCGAAACAGCUAAGAAAAAUGAAAAAGACCAAAUGGAGGAAAAAGCACGGAAGCAAGAACACCAUUAUGGAAAGCCACAACACGUGCAGUCGAGAGUAUGCACUCAGGAAUGCUCCUGAGGAAAAGGCCAUCAGCCAGGAAGACAACACAGAAAUGCCUAAUCUUCAUUGUGAGCUCUGUGAAAGAGACCCAUCUUCCACAGCAGAAGGUCAAGAACACGUGCACUGGCAUGUAGCUACUUCAAAGCCUUACAUUUGUGAGUUAUGCCAAAAACAGUUUCAAAGUCCAUCCACUUUAAAAAUGCACAUGAGGUGUCACACUGGGGAAAAGCCCUACACUUGCAAAACCUGUGGUAAAUGUUUCUCAGUUCCUGGAAAUCUACAGAAACACGAACGUAUUCACCUGGGUGUCAAAGAUUUUGUCUGCCAAUACUGUAAUAAGGCGUUCACUUUAAAUGAAACACUCAAAAUACACGAAAGAAUUCAUACUGGAGAAAAACGCUACCACUGUCAGUUCUGCUUUCAGAGCUUCUUGUACCUUUCUACCAAAAGGAACCAUGAGCAAAGGCAUGUCCGUGAGCACAACGGAAAAGGAUAUGCUUGCUUUCAGUGCCCCAAAAUUUGCAAGACAGCAGCUGCUCUGGGAAUGCACCAGAAGAAACAUCUAUUCAAAAGUCCAGCUCCACAAGAUAGAAAAGAACAGUUUUGCAAUGAAAGCACUAAACUUCUGGAAAAUCCACGUUUCCUUGGCUCAGAAGGAAGUGAAGUGAAAAAUACACAAAGUGUAACUCCAGAAGUUAUACUCUGAGUGGCAGCUGUGCAAAAGAGAAUCAAAACCCAAAACUAUAUAUUGGAGAAGAUAGAGAUGCAUUGAAUGGGGAAAGUCUCCACUCAAAUUAGUAUCAUUUACUACGAUAAAGUUUCUUCAUCUAAAUGUGUGUCAGUAUAUGCAAAAGAAGGAAAAAUAACAGAAAAACUAGUAUUUGCAAUAAUACAAACUUAAUGUGAAAUACCCAAAAUACUUUUGCCACAAUAGACUCUUGGAGAGAGAGAGAAAGGAAAAAAACGACCAACCAAAACCCUUCUACUUAACAUUACAGGUAACUGGUCACUGAACUAUUUUACAGUGCUGGUUUUGAGUCAGAAUCGUUCUAGGCAAAAGAAAUGAGUAGGUUCAUGGUGUAUUCCGUAGAAGGAUUUUUUGCUGCAGAAACUAUAUAUUGCAUUUUUUAAAACAAAAAGUAAUGUGUUUAUAAAGGACAUAACUGUAAUCUAGUGUAUUCUACAGUGAAGGUGGGAAGUGUUUCAUGAGCUCGAGUGUACCGAAGUACAGUUGAGUUCUGCUGUGCUUUUCUGUAACUCCAACAUUUACAAAACAUAGUCAGGAGUUUAAACUGCUCUUUUCCUUUCCAUAUUCAGUUUUGUAGUUACCAUAAUAACUGUUAAGUCUGAGUGCUUGUGUGGAGAGUAUUCCAGAUUUAUGAUAUCUCUGAGACAUUUAAUAACGAUUCAGUAGAAGUCAUUAUAGCCAGUCUUCCAAACUGCUUAAAUCCCUAUGUCAGUGGCCUGGUGAGCUAUUCAGGUGCAUUGGUCUUAAGGAAAUUGUCCUGAAACAGCCUAGCUUAAAGAAAUCCUGUAUAGAAAUGUCCACCUCCUGGUGGGUCUGCAACUCCUGUCUUUUAGAAAUAUCAUUCUUCUCAGCAGAAGAGGAGAUGUAGACAGAGUUUUCUUCCUCAUCCUAGAAUAAUGCCUGGACACAAACAACAGAGCAAUUCCCCAUAAAUACUUUGAUUUUGAGAGGAGUUGGUAAAUAAGAUUCUUGCUUUCAUAUAUAUCCCUGAGGCAGUCCUUGUGUAUAAACAGGAACAGGGGCAGUUUGUGGGGUUCCCUGUCAUCUCCAUGCCUUAAAUGCAACUUUUAACCUUCAAAUGUCCCUUCUCGGUGAUGCCAAGUGUGCCAGCACCUGGCCCCAGGCAGGCUCUGCCGCAGUGUCCCGUGGCCCAUAGCAGAGAGGUGCUGGGAAUGGGCUGGAGGAAGGAGUGUUGGCCUUCCUGCCUCCCUCAUCCCGCCACGCCGAAGGUCUUGGUGAGCCUUACGGCCUCACAGUUCACUAAGGACUGUCUGAAAGACAUCACCAAAAUAUUCCAAUUAACACUGUUUUGUGGAAAUGUGAUAAAUUUUAACUGAGAUGUUCAAAAAAAGUCAAAGCGGGUGUAUGUCUACGAGUUGCAUUUUAUAUGAUAGGGCUCUGUUGUACUGUAUCUGCAUUUCCAAUUACUCAUGUAUGUUUAUCCCUGUGAAGUGUUAAAAAAUUAAGUCAGGACAAGGGUUAGUGAUCCUCAGCUUCAUUCUGUGUGAUGGUUCACAGUUUGUUACUUAACUUCGUCUUCUCGAAUAUUUUCAGAGAAAUUAUAGCUUGGGUACAAUAAAAUUACAAUUGAAAUGAUAAUACAGUAUUGAUUGAAGUAAUAAUAUAGUCCACUUACUUAUUCUAUCACUGUUGAAUGCUACGAACCCCUUGAGAAAUUUUGGCUUCAUGGUAGCUUUGGUUCCAUUUAAAUAAGGAUAACAGAAUAAUAAAACACAGGAAAAUAUAAUGAUGCUUCAAAGAAAGUACACAAAGAUAUCUUCUAAGUGGACUUGUAUGGUGAUAAAAUAUAGACCAAAGCAAAUAAGGUAGAAUAUUUAUAAAUACAAAGAUAAUUUUACAAAUAUUUUAUAUAACUGUAUAGUUCAUGAGAAAAAUAUUGUUAGCUUGCAUUAGGUUGGGGGGGUUUGUAUAUUUUGAUAAAAACACAACAACUUUGUAACUCUGUAUAUUCUCUACAGUUUAUAGCAAAGCAGUUUUAAGAUGGCAAUGUCAUGUUUAUAGUUCAGUUGUGGCACUUUUACUACAAGUAACACGUUGCAGUAAUUAAUUGAGUAUUAAUGACCAAAUUAGAAUUAAAGUAUGUGUAAGAGAAGGUAAAUACUAUACGUUGUCAAAGACUGUAAUUUGUUACAUAAUCACAUCUGUAUUUUUGUUUAGAAGAAAAUAUUAAAUGCAGAUGUUAAGGAUUGAUAAAGAGUCUAAUUUUAUUUUUAGAAAGAGCGAUUAUAACUCUGUUUUUGCUUAAUUAAAACAACAUAUUCCUA